CAACACACUCACAGCCCACCAUGCCACCUCGAAAAAGAAGUGCGCCUACCGCCGACGCUUCAGAGGAAGCUGCGCCCAAGCGAAGAUCUCUCCGGCAAGCUGCCAAAGAAAAUCCCGAGCCUGAAGCGCCUCCCUCAGCCAAAGCAAGCCCGCCAAAGAAGGCUGCCAAGGUAGCCAAUGCAAAGAAACAAGAGAAGCCCAAAGCACCGGCAAAGCCGUCAAAGACUGAGGAGCCAGAUGCGUCAAAGGUGAAGAAGGCAGACAAGAAAAAGGAGCCCGCUCAGUCCAGCUCUCGUGGUGUCUCUGAAGAUCCCGAUAUCGACUCCAUCCCGACGGUGAACCCUGAUGCUCCGAAGCAUGAUGGCCAGUGGUACUGGCUUAUGAAAGCUGAGCCCGAGACUCGCAUUGAGAAUGGUGUUGACGUCAAGUUUUCCAUUGAUGACUUGAAGGCAAAGACAGAGCCUGAAGGAUGGGAUGGUAUUCGAGCGUACGCAGCUCGGAAUAAUAUGAGAAACAUGAACGCCGGUGAUCUCGCCUUCUUCUACGCCAGCAACUGCAAAGAACCCGGCAUCGUCGGCAUAAUGGAAAUCGUCAAAGAAUUCUCCGAAGACAGAUCCGCUCGUCGACCAGGCGCACCAUACUAUGAUCCCAAAUCCACCAAAGAGAAGCCCAUCUGGGACCUGGUCCACGUCGAGUUCAGAAAGAAGUUUGCUGUGCCGAUUGGUCUGAAGGAACUUCGUGAGCUGGGAAAGCCUGGUGGGCCUCUGGAGAUGAUGCAGCUGCUCAAGCAGUCGAGGUUGAGUGUGAGUAAAGUUAGUGGUGAGGAGUGGAGGUUUUUGUGUGAGCUUGCGGAUAGCAAGGCGAAAGAUGCCGGGUUGAAGCAUGAUGAGGUCGAGAAGUGAUUGACAAUCACAGCAGUGUGGCUUGGAAUGGAGGACGUUCGUGCCGCGAUUGGGCUACGAAUAAUUACAUGUACAUUACGAUUGGGGGAUACCGGUAUGUUUAAGCAGAGCAGCGUUAGCCAGUUUCUUGAUUCAGUACGCUCACCGAUGCCCCAUUGCAUUGAAUCAGGUAUCUUCCACCAUAAAGCUAGCCAAGGGUCAUCAGAUUUAACCACAUCCUUUGAGACAUAUCGCGGCCGGCGGCAUCUACAUAGAAGAACAGCCC